GCUCUCCGCUGGCUGCACUAUUGCAACCUUUGUGCUUCUUUUUCCGUGCAAAAAUCAUAUAAAAUAAUAUACGCUGUAAGAAACUGACACAAAAAACAGUACAAAUCGGUUUAAAAUAAUGUUCGCGUUGUUGUUGUGUUUGGCCUGGCCUCUGUUGCUGCAACCUCCUCUGCUGCUGGGUUCGCUGUUGCUUCCACCUGCAACGCAUCGGGCAGCGACGUCAAAGUGCGCGCAUUAAAUAUUUAGAAAGAGACAGCUGCGUAUCUCUCCCAUGCAUUUAUCGGGUCCACCUUCCGAACUUUGAUUAUGUGGAAACGCUCGCUCAAAGUCCUAGUAGCCCUCAUCUUGAGCUUGAUGUUCACAGUCUCCCUAGUAAAGAUUGUUUUAUUGAUCUGGACAUCGUAUCCCCCCGCCUGGCUGCAACGCUACACCGACGCCGAGCCCCCCUUGCCCACCGUUGAAGAAUGGCUGGAUUCGGAGCAAUUGUCCGGCUACAAAAAGUUGUUUCGCGAUAAAGGGAUCUCAACGUUGUCGAGCUGCGGGGAUCCGGAACGCUUGCCGGAACUGCCACCCUUGGACGAGCAGCGACUGCAGCGAGCCGCGUUGUAUCUGCAGCAAAAGCUGAUCCUGCGCGAAUGGCUGAGGGACCAUCGCAUGCAGCAUCACUACCAGAACCUGCUAUGCGUUGAGGUGACCUCCCUGGAGGACGUCUACUGGCUGGAGGAUUCGCGGGCCAGCAGCAUUUUGGGCAAGGACUGGCAUCUGUGGUCCUCGGCGCGACAGAAUCUGCCCACGUCCAAGCCCCAGCUGGACGCACUCAAGGCGCAGCUCUGGUCGACGGUGGUCAAGUCGAGCCAGCAUCAGGACGCCUGGACAUGGGGUGGCAUGCUGGUGGUGUCCGUCUCCGUUGCCGGCCUGGUUACCCUAGCAGCCAUGACCCAACCCUCGCUGGCCCCCGAGGCCCGCCACUCGCUGCUGCAGUAUGUCACGGGAAAGUAUCUGCUGCCCGCCAACUGCAAGGUGCAGUGGGACUGGAAGGAUCCGGCUCGUGUCGGCGGCACCAUGUGCUUUGUGGUGCGCUUCUUUCAGCGCAACGGACAGCCCUAUCCCAUCUGUGAUACGGACCAGUUCUUCGUGGAGGUCACCGAGGGCACCCGCAAGGUGGUCACCAUCAGCGAGCUGGGCUCCUCCACCGAUCCCAACAAUGCCAAUAUCGCCAAGGUCAAGUUUACCGUCCGCACUGCCGGCCAGUACAAGAUCUCAGUGCUCAUCGGAGCCAGCCACAUCGCCGGCUCCCCCUUCAUGCGCAACUUUCUGCCGGGCAGCAUCGAUGCCCGACGGUCGCGCUUCAUCCGCCCCGCCAGCACCGUCAUUUGCUGCACCGGAUCACCCACUCUGAUGCACAUCGAGCCAAGAGAUGAGUUCGGCAAUGCUUGUCUCUUCGAUCCGUCGCAGUCGGAUGAGGCAUUACAGGGCUAUCAAGUGGCUGUUUAUGACCUGCAUGGCGUCUCCGUGGAGAAGCUGCACCAUGCCAUUGCCUUUAACUAUGACAGAGUCAACUCCAGGGUCUCGGUCACAGCUCUCUUUCCCGAGCCCACAUGCCUACGGGCUGUCAUCAGCUACAAGGAUCAACAGCUGCCAAAUGGAGACUUUGACAUCAUUGUGCUGAGCAGCAGCGACACCACGCUGGUGCACAAGAACAUUGCCUCGCGUAAGCACAACAUUUGCUAUGAGGCCAAACUUCUGAGCAUCUUUGGCUCCUCGAAGAGCAAGCCGCGCAAGGUGCUGUGCUACGUGGGACCCAAGCAGGCUCAGAACUCAUUGAUCUUUCAGGUGACCAUCAAGGAGAUGAUACUGAAGUUUAUACCCAAGCGGAUUGCCACCUUUCGGCUGUGUCCCUCGACCAAGUUUCACUUUCUGCCGCAGUUGGUGUCCCAGCUGCAUGGGCCCGUCUUCAUCAUUGACGAUGGGGCACAGCCAAAGAUUGAAUUGGCCUCGAAGGAUCGGAAUAUUAUAGCGGCCACAUUUACACACUUUUUGCUGAAGAACAUUGGCGGCUCGGAGACGUUCAAGGAUAAGCAGGACUUUUUCUAUCACGAGGUGCGCAAGUUCCAUGCCAGCUACUACCACGAGAAGAUGGCCCUCAAGGUGCAGCGCGAGAAGAUACUCGAGAGCAGCAUGAAGGCCACCAAGGGCUUCUCCGUCUCCGAUUGGUGCGGCAACUUUGAGGUGACAUUCCAGGGCGAACAGGGCAUCGAUUGGGGUGGCCUGCGUCGCGAAUGGUUCGAGCUCGUCUGCGGCUCCCUCUUCGAUGCCCGCGGCGGCCUCUUCUGCACAUUCCACGACAAGCAUCAGGCGCUCGUGCACCCGAAUCCCACACGUGCCGCACACCUGAAGCUCAAGCACUUUGAGUUUGCCGGCAAAAUGGUGGGCAAGUGCCUCUUCGAGAGUGCCCUGGGUGGCAGCUAUCGACAGUUGGUCCGCGCCCGCUUCAGUCGCUCAUUUCUGGCACAGCUCAUUGGACUGAGAGUGCACUAUAAGUACUUUGAGCAAGAUGAUCCGGAUUUAUAUCUAUCGAAAAUCAAAUACAUCUUGGACACUGAUCUCGAUGCCACAGACACCUUGGAGCUGUACUUUGUGGAGGAGCUGUACGAUGCCAGCAACGGACAGCUGAGCAAGACCAUUGAACUCAUUCCGAAUGGCGCCAAAACACGGGUCACCAAUGCCAGCAAGAACCAGUAUUUGGACUCCCUGGCCCAGCAGCGGCUGUGUAACAGUGUCAAGGACGAAGUGGACAGCUUUCUGAAGGGCCUGAACUCCAUAAUUCCCGAUAAUCUUUUGAGCAUUUUCGAUGAGAAUGAAUUGGAGCUCCUCAUGUGCGGCACUGGGGAGUACUCCAUCAGCGACUUCAAGUCCCAUCACAUUGCCAAUGGCAAUUCGGCCGAGUUCCGGCGAGUGCUGGCCUGGUUCUGGGCCGGAGUGAGCAACUUCAGUCAGACGGAGAUGGCCCGCCUGCUGCAGUUCACCACGGGCUGUUCGCAGCUGCCGCCCGGAGGGUUCCAGGAGUUGAAUCCACAAUUUCAGAUCACGGCUGCCCCAACAUUUGGCAAUCUGCCCACGGCGCAUACUUGCUUCAAUCAGCUGUGCCUGCCGGACUACGAGAGCUACGAGCAGUUCGAGAAGUCACUGCUUUUGGCCAUCAGCGAGGGCAGCGAGGGCUUUGGCAUGGUCUAAAAAAGGAAACGAGCAAAAUGGAAGUGUAAUUUCACGAUUUUUAUUUAAAGUAUUUGUUUGUUUCUGUUACAUCUCUGCUGCGACUGUGUUCCUCUCUCUCUUUGAGCGCUUUAUAUGUACGUCAUGGUAGAUGCUAAGAGUAAAACUAGUCGAUAAGUCUGCCUAGGAAUAGAUUGGAUGGAACAUUUUGAUUUGCAUUUCCCCGUUGAAUUGUUGCUAGAACAACAAAACUCGCGAUAUUUUUUGUGUCCAUAAGUUGAGCAAUAAUUAGUUACGUUACGGACUAGCCGACAGAUGUAUGUAGUAGCAAAGAUUAAAACUGAAUAUAUAUCAUCAUCAAAAAGAAUGUGAUAAUUGUAUUAUAAAGUAAUGCAACCUAAGCGUAAAGGAAACCAACUUUUAAACCAACCCUCCCUCGGGUUAACCUAAAGAUGUACCAACUAAAACCAACAAAAAACCAAAAAUAAUUUAGUUUUAAUCGUUAGCUGGCGCUGUGUGUAAAACUCAAAAACUAAAAACCAAAACCUAAAACAGAAACACUAAAACUUUGUAGCAUAUUGUACGUAAAGAAUAUUUGUAAAAUUUAAAUACGAAUCAACAAUAACCAUAGUCAAAGGCAUUAACUGAAAGGCAAUGUUAAUAUGCAUUUCCUCUAACAAAAAUAUACAAAGAACAUAUACGAUACGAUACGAUACAGAAGUUAAUGAAUAAAAUAGAAAACCAAAUAUAAAUGUUGCCAAAUUCUGGCACAAAAAAUCCGGCCCUCCCUUUCAAGUUCCCCUCCUCUGUGCCCACGCCCCUGCUAUGUACCCUCCCUCUUCUAUAAGCAAUACGAAAGCAAAAUGUUUAAUUGUAGUUUUUAAAUGUUGUUGCAAAGCAAAGCAAAAAUCAAACAAAUCAUAUACCAAACAAAAUUAUUUAGAAAUUGUAAUGGAAUUGUAGUUGUUGAAGGAACUCUAAAAA